UUCGGAAUUAUCAUCUAAUUUGCAUCCCAUCCGUCUUUCAUCCCCUCGCUCCUCACGUGCCAGAAACUCGUACGCGUGUGAGAGAGGGGAUGGGCUGUGCGAUCGCUAUCUCUAUUUCCUUCUCCGGUCCAACUCUCGGCCGGUGGUCGGUGUCGAAUCGGAGACUGUUCGUGAAGAAAAGCGGCGGCGGCGAGCUUAGGACGUGCAAGAAUUGCAAGGGUCAGUAUGAUCCCUCGCUGAAUCAGCCUCGUGCUUGCCGAUACCAUACUGCUCAUUUUGGAGGAGAAACAAAGAGAAAAUUUGAAAGUGUUUACUCAGGAGGGACGAUGAACACUCCUGAUGCUGGACAAGUUUUACAAUACUGGCAUUGCUGCGGUUCUGAGAAUCCUUUUGAUAUCGGAUGCACUGCAGGUCCUCACUGUUCAUAUGAUGACUGAUCCACAUACCGUAUUUUCUCAAGUAAUCCUUCUUAGGUUCUUGCAUCUAUCUCUAUGUAUAAGAAGAAGAUUUAUACGAGAGAAUAUUUCAAAUGGAAAUUUCUAUCCAAAUAAUACUGGUAAUUUAUUUCCGUUAUUUGAAAAGUACAUCAGUUGCUAAUUACAGUUUAUAUGUGCAGUCUUUGAUUUGUACAGCUACAAUCAAGAGUUAAAUGCAAAAUACAACCCUUUGUGUUA